AUGGACGACUGGGGGCCUGCUGGCAAGGAUUCGGUGAUGGAUUCCAAUCCCGAGAACACCGCGUCUGAAUGUGAACAUGACGACGACUCGGAGGAUGGAGGCGCCGAAGCCGAACGAGAGGGGAGCGUGAGGGCAAGAACAGGUACUUCUUCGACGCGAACACGCGACCAAAAUGGCCGGGAAAGUCUGAAGUCUUCUGCCGGAUCGAGGCAUGUCUCCGCAAAAUCGUCGCGAGAGGAAGACGCCGAUGGAGAAGACGCGCGCGCCUCCGGUCCGGAUUCCUCGGAAACGUCCGACGGGGAGGAAACAAGAUCGCUCCACAAAGCGUCGGUGUCAUCACCAGCGGGUGCAAACAAGCGAAGCGAUGGCGCACCCGAGCCCAUGUUGGCAGGCGGCCGCUCUUCGGGAGUUGCGCUUUCCAUCCUCAAAAAAUCUUCGACGGCGACGAGCAGACGAUCCUCCAAGCUCUCUGUGCGUUUCGGAGAAAACCUGUCUGAGGAGAAACUGAAGCCUGCAGGCGUCGUCGCCGCCCUCAGCAGUGUUCUGCACGACUACAGAGACGAACCGGAAUGGACACAAACAGACGAUGCGGCGCCUUGGAAUUCCGAAGCGAUUGCAGAAAAUCAAGGCGCUUCGCGGGAACUGCGAGAGAGAGAGAAAGAGUCGAUAGCAACGAUUGAUUCCACGCUCCAGUCUCUAGUCAUCAGCUCCAGCGGGGGCACGAAGACGCAGGCAAGCGACGCGUCAGGAUCCAGAAACCUAGAGUCUUUCACCUCCAUGACGGAGCCGGCUCUGUCGGAACUGGCGAAAAAACUGCAAAAACGGAGAUUGGGCUUGACGAUCGGUGUCGCCGUCACUGCCGUAGCUCUCGUCGUCGCGUUGAUCCUCCUCGCAACCUUAACGGCAAAGCAGAAACUGCUGAUUGUUGAAAAAGAAAGCCUCGUCGAAGAGUGCAAAACUUCCGCCUGGUCCGAGUGGACAGCAUGUCCCUCUUUGUGCACCUCGGAGUAUUCAACUCGACGACGAAGGAUUACAGUUCUUGGCCCAGAUCCAACGCUCUGUCCGGGUCUCGUGGAGCGGCGAGAGUGCACCGGAGAAUGCCGUGCCUUCGUGAUUGCUCGUUCGACCACAGAGAGACUGACGGAUCACCACGUUGAAGCGUUUCCUGCAUGCUACGGCGACUUACGGAGAGCCCUUGAAACGACCCUCGGCCUCGGGACGGACCGCUGCUCCCUAACGUCCAUGAGAACCGACUUGUCGACGGGGUCCCGAUUCUGGCAACUCGAAUUCGUUCUCUAUCCAGACGGCAACGGAGACGCCGACACCUACGAGGCCGACCCGAAUCGGUUCCCUGAAGAGGUCCUGCGGAAGCUCGGAGCCGCUCUUCAGGGGCCGCCGACUACCCUUUCUCAACUCAUAACUCAGUGCAUGCCGAGUGACGAGGAGACCAACCACAUCGCGACGUAUUCGGCCGAAAGUUUGGAAGACAUUGCAGCAGGCAGGAAGAUAUGUUCCUUGUUCGCGGGCUUGGCCCCCUUUGGUUGCCACUGCCAAGUCACUGCGUGGUCUGAAUGGACCGCCUGCGACAAACAGUGCUCUCAAAACACCGCGAAGCGGUCGCGAUCGAUCGAGUAUGCCGAAGCGUUCAUAGACCCAGCCGUCGAUUGCCCCGCCCUGUCAGAAGAGCGCUCGUGCGCAGGCGGCACGAAGAUCUUCCAAGUCAACCUUCCGACUGGCGUUUCGCUGGGAACGGAGGCGCAGCGAGAGGCGCAAUUCGAGUAUUGCGCCCCGGAUCUUCUCGCCACACUUGCCAAAACACUGCAACUGUCUCGGGAGGCGCUCGCGCAAACAGAAGGCUGGAAUGAAUCCCUCAAGCAGUGGAAAUUUAGCAUCACAAUCGAUCCCGGAGUGACGACUGUCGACAGUGCUCACAAAGAGCUCGAGAGGACUUUAGGCUCUGCGACAUCCGAUCUCUACAAGGCGCUGAUGCAGUGCUUCAGCCUGCAGGAUGCGGCCUCGGGGCAGAUGCCCACAGUGUCGCUAGUUCAGUCUCCAGGUGGGCCGAGUUCCAGCUUCUGGCUAUCUUCCCGAGAUGCACGCAACACCGAUGAAAGAGAAGACACCCACCUCCAAAAAUACCGGCUUUCGAUGCCCACCAUACGUGCACAAACAGAAGCUGCGAGGCGCGAGCUCGGCUUGGGGGGAUUCACGGUCCACCCCUUUUCGUUCUGA